AUGAAGGCAUCGAUCUUGCCGGUCUUUGUCGCCGCUACCCUGAUAAGUGCUGUCGCGGGUCAAGAUUACUUCUUUAUUGAGGGCCAGGAUACCCCUCUGAUCGGAUACAGCUCGGAUAUCUAUGUGCAGCGAGACGACAACAACUGCACAACCAUCAUUAACAACUACAACCAUCUGGUCCACAAGCCCAAAUACGUGGUGGGAGUCUUCUCGAGCGAAGGAGAUGAUAUUGCGUUUCGAAACUACAAUCUGACGUUUGGUCAGUACCUGACCGCCACGGCGGGCCAAAAGAUUGAUCCUCCGGUCGAGUUUGACAUGGUCGCAGGUAGCAUGACGCAGCUCGCGGAGAUGGCGGAAGCCGAACAGGUGGAUUUCAUCUUUGGCAGUUCCGCUGUCUCCUCUUGUAUGGCCACGGAAUACGACGCACAACCUCUCGUCACGGUCAUUUCCCGGAGGGAAGCUCGGGGCCAUGAAUACGACUUGGAUCUCUAUGGAGGCGUGAUCUUUACAUUGGCUGAUAACAACGAGGUGAAUAGCAUUCAUGAUCUCAAAGACCGAACCAUUGGAGCGGGUGGCAUUACCGCAAUGGGAGGUGGCCAAGCACAGUUCUAUGAAAUGGUCAGGCAGGGACUAUCUUACGUGAAUGACCCCAAGCAAGUCGUCUUUACCAUCGAUGAAGCACUUGUGGUACAAGGCGUUAUUGAUGGAGAGUUUGAGAUUGGACUGUGCCGAACCGAUCAGAUUGAACGCCAUAUCGAUGCCAACACGGGAAAGCCAGUGGACCCUAGUAUGUUCAAGGUCAUCAAUGCACAGACUCACAGUCUCCACGAUGGACGCUUGUUCCCCUUCAAAUCUUCCACUAGUCUGCACCCCGAGUGGCCCGUCACAGCGCUCAAUCAUGUGGCAGUUAGUGUCGCGGAAUCCGUGCAAGAAGCCUUGUUGGCUCUGCAAGAUCAUGCCAUGUCAAUCGACUUUCAACAGAACCUCCGUUGUGAGACCACUCCCGCGUUGGCUGAUCUCGCCCAGGAUUGCAAGACGGCCGGUAUGUUGACUGGAUUCCGACCAGCACGAAACUACUUCUCCGUACGGACCAAGCAAGAAAAGGCUGGUUUCUUGAAUGAAUGGGACGACGGGAAAUGGCAUUGCAUUCGAGGACAAACCUUGUACCAUGAUAUUGCUUGUCCUGAUGAAUACUACAAGAUCCUGGAGAAGCACUUUGCACAAUCGUGUACAAGGAUUGGGUUGGAGUGUCCGCACGACUUUGAGUGCUACUGCAAACCCUGUAUCCACAGGUCCGUGGCCGUAGAUGUCUUUGAGUAUGGAAGUAAUGCCACACAGAGCACCAUGUGCGAGAAAAUGAAAACUUGUGGGUCUGUCGAACAAACCCAAGUCAUCACGUUUCGAAUUGUGGACCACAUGGAGAGAACGGGAGCUAAGGUCGCGGCCAUACAAUCAUUGGGGGAACAAAGCAAGGAUCUGGAAGUCGUCGAAGUGGGGCCUUGGACGUACGAGUUCCAGCUUACAGAGCCCCGCAUGGGCAUGGCUAUUGUCGCAAUUGCAAUUGACGAUAUUGAGAUUUACGACUCACCAAUUCGCGUGGAGGUCGCGGAGAAAACUUGUGAUGGUGAAGGAAAGGUGGCAACGGAAUGGGGAGAUUGUGUCUGCAAGUCAGACACUGUCGAUAUCAACGGCACUUGUGUCGACGUUGCAAUUUUUGCGGCUGUUGGCUCCGUCGCUGGGUUUAUCCUGAUAGUUUCGCUCAUAUUUGCCUACAUUGAGUACAAGAACCACAAGGCUGAUGAAAUGUGGAAAGUCGAUAUCAAUGAACUCCUGUUCGACGACCCGGUUGAGGUCAUUGGACAAGGCUCCUUUGGCGUUGUGCUAUUGGCAGAGUAUCGUGGAACAAAGGUGGCCAUCAAACAGGCUGUGAAGGGGAAAGGUUCAGGCUCGACGAAGGGAGGAAGCGGGAAGCGCUCGGUUUCGUAUGAAGAUUCCGCUAUUGCGGAACCCGAGGAAAUCGCUACUCGACCGUCGAUGUUAACCGACGAUGGUCUCUCCGAUUGUCGCACCGAGGAGUCAUCAGGCGACAAUAAGUUUGAUGUUGAGAGUGGCAAAGCCUUCAACUCAAAUACCGGCAGUAAUUUUGCACUCAGUCGGAGGUACGAUGGUGCUACUCUCACCUUCCUCGGUGGCUAUCAUAAUGGAGGAAACAGCAAAUGGGCGUGGCUGUGUCCUUGGAUGAAGAAAAACGACUACCAGGCUCGUUUCAAGGAGACUAUAUUGGGAAAUGCCAGCGCUUCUGCAUCGAGGAAGACCUUCCAUGAGAUGUUCUGCCCCUGGUUCAAUGAAAAUGUGCAACGGCAAGAAGAGUUCGUGAAAGAAAUGAGAGUCCUUUCUCUCCUCCGUCAUCCCUGUAUCACGACUGUGAUGGGAGCAGUAAUCUCCCGCAACCACGUCCCAAUGCUGGUCAUGGAAUACAUGGAUUACGGAUCCCUCCACGAUCUUUUGAGGAACGAGACAAUGUAUCUUACCGGCGAAAUCAUCUCACAGAUCACCAGGAGUGUCGGACAGGGCCUCCGAUACCUCCAUAGCUCCAAACCUCCAAUCUUGCACGGUGACUUAAAAGCUCGCAACAUCCUCAUUGACUCCCGCUUCCGUGCCAAACUUUGUGAUUUUGGUUUGUCAACGAAGCAGGAUGGUCGAAUCACAGGAACCCCGUUCUGGCUUGCACCGGAGUACUUGCGCGGCGAAACCGAAUACGAUAGCAAGUGCGACAUCUACAGUUGCGGUAUCAUACUUUACGAGAUUUACUCGAGGAAAAACCCCUACGAAGGAGAAGACUUCAAAAUGACUCUCCAACGAGUGUGUGAUAAACGCAUCAAUAAACGUCCUGACAUUCCAGGAACAACACCGCCCAAGCUGAUCGACCUAAUGAAGAAAUGCUGGAAUAGAGACAGAAACUUCCGGCCCAGUGCGAGAGAUCUAGACUUGACGCUGAUGGACUUCAAUUCAGAUGAUUUCGAACCGUUGACGGAUGAGCAGCAGACUGAAGCCGCCAGGAAAAGACGUACUGGAGAUAUGCUGUAUGAAUUGUUUCCCAAGCAUAUCGCAGAUGCUCUCCAAGCUGGUAAAAAGGUGGAGCCAGAAACGCACAACAACGUCACGGUCAUUUUCUCGGACAUUGUGCACUUCACCGACAUUUCGCAGCGAAUGGAUCCACUCAAGGUCUCCUGUAUGCUGGACAAUCUCUACCUUUCUUUUGACAAAAUCGCCCGUCGGCACAACAUUUUCAAGGUUGAGACGAUAGGGGACGCCUACAUGGGAGUUACGAAUUUGGAAAACAAGCAAGAGCACAAUCAUGUCAAGUGUGCCGCGGAGUUUGCGAUUGACAUGGUCAAGGAAGCCAGUCAGAUCCUCAUUGACCCCGAUGCACCUGAAAUGGGUUACAUCAACAUUCGCGUUGGUUUUCAUUCCGGGCCUGUAGUAAGCAACGUCAUUGGUUCUCUCAACCCUCGCUAUGGCUUGUUUGGAGAUACCGUCAAUACGGCUUCCAGGAUGGAAUCGAACUCUUCGGCCAACAGAAUCCUUUGUUCAGAGGUCUCGUACAAUCUCUUGAAAGAACAGUCCCCUGGUGUCAAGGUGAAGAAGAGAGGAAAGAUCAAGGUGAAAGGCAAGGGCGAGAUGAUUGCCUACUGGGUGGGUGGCAGCAGCCUGCACAAGCAACUGCAGAAGCGGGAACAAUCCAUCAUCGGAAGACCGAAGGUUGUAGAAUUCGAGGAGGAACCUACGGAAGUAGCCGGAGACAAGGAUUACGUUGGAGAAAUUGUAGCAAGCAACAUUGGAGAGAUUGUGGAAGAUAACGAUGGAGAGCACGGAGAGGACAACGAUGAAGAGCACGGAGAGGACAACGAUGAAGAGCACGGAGAGAACAACGUCGGAGAGCACGGGGACGAAACUGAAUUUUUCGACGCUGGUGGUUUGGUCAAGGACACUGGUGGCGAUGUUAGUUCCAGUUGUGGCGACCUCUCUCUGGACUCGGAAGCGUAA